AUGUCCUAUCGCAGAGCUGUGACUGUCGUUGGAUUACCAUUACUUUUGGCCACAUUACUGCUGCUGUACGGUGUUAGGGUAAUUGUAACAAUCAACGUCACUCACUCUGACGAAUUGUCCGGAGCGGUAGAAGAAGCGCAAUGCCCCGAACAAAGCAUCUGUGUUCCGCUGCUCCAGUGCCCCUUUGUCGACCGAAUGGCAAUUGUAGAGUAUCUAUCGCGGCCGGCCGUAUUGAGGGCCCCAUCGGAGCGUCGUUGGCAGCGGGCACACUGGCGUCGGUGUCAGCUGGAUGAAGACAAGUUUGCUGGUAUCUGUUGCAACUCGCUGGUCAAAAGUGAAGCCACUCUUUCUACAGCUGAGUCGGAGCAGGAGCCGGAGCCUCCACUACCACACACUAUCGAAGAUGAAGUUUUACAGAAAGCGCAGGAGGUAGCGAUGCGAAAGUUGAACCGUUUGCGGAUUAACAACGACCAGGGUCUGUCUCACAAAUCGUCUCCUGUACAACCGUUUCACGGAAGUCCCGAUCACGAUGCGCUUCCGAAGGCGGUAGUGUGGCAAGGUUUGCACGAUGUGCUCACUUUGCAAGCAUUGCAAAAGAUAAGCAACGGCACGGCGCCACUGGAUAUUCGACGAUCGAAGCGCUGUCUGGUGGGACCGGCGUGUGAGAAGACACACUCCCGGUACCGUUCGUUUGACGGGCGAUGCAACAACAUCGAACCGGGAAGGAGUCGCUGGGGUUCGGUUGGCUACCCGAUGGAGCGGGUACUCGCACCCCUGUACGACGAUGGUGUUUGGGCACCACGGAUGAAAUCCACCACCGGUCGCUACCUUCCCUCGGCUCGAGAAAUUUCCAGCACGCUGUUUGCCGAUCUGUACCAGCCACACUCGCGGCACAAUGUGCUGCUGAUGCAGUUUGGCCAGUUUCUGGCACACGAUUUUUCCCGCAAUCAGGCACUGCCGGGCACGAGGAAAUGCUGCACCCCGGAUGGAUCGGCAAGGUUGAGGAACGCUUCGUUCGGUUGUAUGCCGAUAGCGGUUCGGGAAGGUGACGAUUUCUACUCCCAGCACGGUGUACGCUGUCUGCACUUUACGCGCACGGCCAUUGCACCGAUGGACCAGUGUGACAGCAAGUACGCCCGCCAGCUGUCCAGCGUGAGCCAUUUCAUCGAUGGUUCUCCCAUUUACGGUAACUCCAAGCAGGAGGCACACGCGUUGCGAUCACACGAGGGAGGUCGCUUGAAAUCGAUUAAGCAUCGUCGCUACCACAACGAACUUCUGCCGUUUGAUCGGACGGAAGGAUCGUGUGAAAAGUGGGCCAAGAUGUGCUUCAAAACGGGUGACGUUCGAUCGAACCAACUGAUUACGCUCGUGGCCGUACACACAUUGUUCCUGCGCGAACACAACCGCAUCGCACAUGAGUUCGAGCGACUUAAUCCACACUGGAAUGAUGAUACGAUUUUUAAGGAAACGAGAAGGAUCGUGAUCGCACAGCUGCAGCACAUUGCGUACGCCGAGUACCUACCGAAGAUCGUUGGUCAUCGUUUUGUGUCGGUCUACAAGCUGCAUCCGUCGGGCAGGGCAGAUCCGGGAUACACCUCACACUACCGGCCGGAUGUGAAUCCUUCCGUUUCGAGUGAGUUUACGGUAGCCGCGUUCCGGUUUGGCCAUUCAACGGUUCCUUCCAAACUGGACUUGAAGGACGGUUCGGUGGACACUUGGCACACCUUUCUCGAUCCAACGCGGUUCCGCGAGCGCACCUUCUACGAUGAACUGUUCCACUCGAUGCAACGCCAACCGAUGCAAACCGUGGACGAUCAGUUCUCGACAAGCGUAACGCGCUUCCUGGACGUGCAACCCGGCACCAGCCACGGGAAGGAUCUGGCAGCCAUCAACAUACAGCGCGGUCGGGAUCAUGCACUGCGACCUUACAACGAUUACCGGCGACUGACCGGUAAGCCGCCCCGGCAUGAUUUUGCCGAGUUUGGCCCCAAACAUGGUCCCACGCUGGCCUCACUGUAUGCAAGCGUCGACGAUAUUGAUCUGUACGUGGGCGGCAUAUUGGAACCACCGCUCGAGGAUGGUGUGGUCGGUGAAACGUUCGCCGAAAUUAUUAGUGAUCAAUUUGCUCGGUUCCAGCACGGUGACCGGUAUUUCUAUAGCAACGGCCCUGAUACGAAUCCGGGCCACUUUACGCAGGCCCAGCUGAGGGAAAUACAGCGUACCAGCAUGGCAUCACUGAUAUGUGCUAACGCAGGUGAAACGCACCGGAUGUACGUGCUGCCGGAUGCGUUUACCGUACCGCACGAUGACAACCGACCGGUGGUGUGCAGUUCACCGGAUAUGCCACGCCUGGACUUGAGUUGGUGGAAAGAUUAA